AUGAUUAAGGGAGCACGCCAUAGAGAAGUGCGAAUCCUGGAUGCAAGAAUGGGAGAAGAGACACAACUUCGCAUAGUUAUGCUGCCGUGGUUGGCACAAGGUCAUAUUAAUCCUUUCAUAAAUCUUUCCAAGGCCUUGGCAAGCCAUGGGGACGUAAAAGUCUGGAUCGUAUCAACCCCUGUCAAUAUAUCCCGAAUCAGAUCUCGCUUGCAGAAGGAACCCAUCCACCUGUUGGAGUUGCCAUUGACCUCUGUCGACGGACCCCCCCCUGGCGUCGAAUGCACAGCAGACAUUAAAGCAGAAUCAGCCCAUCUCCUUCACAGGGCAUUCGAUCAACUGGACAAGCCGUUUGAGAGUCUUUUGCGGCGCCUUUCGCCAAAUUUAUUGGUGUACGACAUCGUAGGGCCAUGGGCUGCGACGGUGGCCUCCCUCCUGGACAUACCGAGCUUUGCGUUCUCCGUCUACAGUCCGGCGGCAUUCGCUUAUUUUGUCGGCCAUUGCAAGGCAGCAGAGAGUAGCAGGGACGUGAAGGCGGAAGAUUUGACCCAACCUCCGACAGAUUAUCCGCUGCCUAUCAUCUCGUGGAGACUGUUCGAAGCGCGCCUCGUCUUGGGCAACUUCAUUGCAUUCGCCGACCGUGUGUGGGCGUGUUGCCAGCAGUCGUGUGGAAUAGUGAUAAAGUCGUGCUUUGAAGAGGAGGACAAGUAUCUGAAAUACCUAAGCCAUAUUACUGGAAAGCCAGUGAUUUCCGCUGGUCCGUUAGUGAUUGCCGGUGGGGCAACGGAGGAUAAGUCUGGAAAUUACGUGGUAGAGUGGCUUGAUAAGCAACGGCCCUCGUCGGUGGUGUUUGUAGCCUUCGGAAGCGAGUCGUUUCUGUCGGCGGAGCAGAUAUGGGAAUUGGCGGUGGCACUGGAGGACAUCGGGCUGCCAUUUCUCUGGUCGUUGCGAUCUUCUGACGGGACGUCCUCCGCGUUGUCGUUGUUGCCCGAUGGUUUUGUCCGGGGGCUAGUGUAUGGCGGGUGGGUGCCUCAGGUGAGUAUCGUUUCCCAUCCUUCUGUGGGCAGCUAUGUGACCCACGGCGGGUGGAGCUCGGUGAUGGAAGCAUUGCUCUACUCCGGGUUACCGCUGGUGUUGAUUCCGUUGCGGCAUGACCAGGGGCUCAACUGUCGACAGAUUGCGCUCGAAUUAAAUGCGGGAAUUGAAGUGGAGAGGAACGAGGAGGGGUGUUUUAGCAGGGAGGACGUGUGUAAGGCAGUUUUGAUGGUGAUGGGUAAAGGAGAGAAAGGGAAGAAGAUUCGAUCGAGGGUGAGAGAACUACGUGGCGCCUCAACAGAGAACGUCAACAGGCGUAUAUGGGAGAGUUAG